UCACAGUGAGAUGUCUCUGUAGUACUUUGUAGAUCUGCACAGACUCAUGAUUUAAUACUUAAACAUUGUUCCUGUUAGUGGAUUGAAAGAGUUUCAACAUGGUUUCAGCUCUCUGUGUUACUCUGACCGUUCUCCUGCAAUGCAUCCUCUGCUACACACCAGUUUCCUCUUUUGAAGUGGAGCUGAGUCCAAAGAAGCCACUGUUUCGAGUAGGAGACAGACAGGAGCUCACGUGUCGAAUGAUUAAGUGCUCUGAAAAAAUGACUUUCUCCUGGAGCAAUCUGGAGGACAAACCCAUGUAUGCUGAAACCCAGAGAUCCUCAACUGGAUCGACUCUGGUCUUCAAGAGUGUUAGUAAAAAUAUUGAAAAUAAAAUCCAGUGCAAGGCAACCUGCCUGGGCAUGAUCAAGCAGGCCGCGGUGACAGUCCGAGUGUACUCUUUUCCAAAAGUUCCAGUCAUCUCUGGACAUGACAGCUUGGUGUUAGGGAAGGAGAACAGCCUGACCUGUGAGGUUUCAGAUGUUUAUCCAGCAGAACAUAUGACAGUGGAAUGGCUGAGGGGAGGAAAAGUGGUCCACACACAGGAAGGAGAAUAUGGCAUUGAAUCCAUUCAGUCCUACUACACUUUUACACCACAAACCAACGACGAUGGAGAGUCAAUAACGUGUCGAGCCACACUCAGUCUUGAUGGCUUGCCACCAGAGGAGAGAACCAGAGAGAUCACCGUGUCCAUGGCUGUCCUUUGUCCUCCUAUGAACACAGUGAUCUCUGUGUCCCCUAAUAAUCCAAAAGAAAAUGAGUUUAUGAACAUCUCCUGUGUGAGUGACAGCAAUCACGCGAGUCGUCUGGUGCUGAGCAAAAUGCUGGAUGGAAAGGAGACAGAGCUAGUGUCUGGUGAUGGGCCUCGAGUCUCUGUUUCUUACGACAAAGCCAACCUCAAUCACUCAGGUGUCUAUGUGUGCAGAACAACAAAUGCCUGUGGGAGACAGACAGACAAUGUCACCUUUACUGUUGGAAUUUCCUCUUUCGAAGUGGAGCUGAGUCCAAAGAAGCCACUGUUUCGAGUGGGAGACAGACAGGAGCUCACGUGUCGAAUGAUUAAGUGCUCUGAGAAAAUGACUUUCUCCUGGAGCAGUCUGGAGGACAAACCCAUGUAUGCUGAACCCCAGACAACCUCGACUGGAUCGACUCUGGUCUUCAAGAGUGUUAGUAAAAAGAAUGAAGAUAUGAUCCAGUGCAAGGCAACCUGUCAGGGCACAAGCAAGCAGGCCGCGGUGACAGUCCGAGUGUACUCUUUUCCAAAAGUUCCAGUCAUCUCUGGACAUGACAGCUUGGUGUUAGGGAAGGAGAACAGCCUGACCUGUGAGGUUUCAGAUGUUUAUCCAGCAGAAAAUAUGACAGUGGAAUGGCUGAGGGGAGGAAAAGUGGUCCACACACAGGAAGGAGAAUAUGGCAUUGAAUCCAUUCAGUCCUACUACACUUUUACACCACAAACCAACGACGAUGGAGAGUCAAUAACGUGUCGAGCCACACUCAGUCUUGAUGGCUUGCCACCAGAGGAGAGAACCAGAGAGAUCACCGUGUCCAUGGCUGUCCUUUGUCCUCCUAUGAACACAGUGAUCUCUGUGUCCCCUAAUAAUCCAAAAGAAAAUGAGUUUAUGAACAUCUCCUGUGUGAGUGACAGCAAUCUCGCAAGUCGUCUGGUCCUGAGCAAAAUGCUGGAUGGAAAGGAGACAGAGCUAGUGUCUGGUGAUGGGCCUCGAGUCUCUGUUUCUUACGACAAAGCCAACCUCAAUCACUCAGGUGUCUAUGUGUGCAGAACAACAAAUGCCUGUGGGAGACAGACAGACAAUGUCACCUUUACUGUUGGAAUUUCCUCUUUCAAAGUGGAGCUGAGUCCAAAGAAGCCACUGUUUCGAGUGGGAGACAGACAGGAGCUCACGUGUCGAACGAGUAAGUGCUCUGAUAAAAUGACUUUCUCUUGGAGCAGUCUGGAGGACAAACCCCUGUAUGCUGAACCCCAGACAUCCUCGACUGAAUCGACUCUGGUCUUCAAGAGUGUUAGUGAAAAUACUGAAAAUAAAAUCCAGUGCAAGGCAACCUGCCUGGGCAUGCUCAAGCAGGCCGCGGUGACAGUCCGAGUGUACUCUUUUCCAAAAGUUCCAGUCAUCUCUGGACAUGACAGCUUGGUGUUAGGGAAGGAGAACAGCCUGACCUGUGAGGUUUCAGAUGUUUAUCCAGCAGAACAUAUGACAGUGGAAUGGCUGAGGGGAGGAAAAGUGGUCCGCACACAGGAAGGAGAAUAUGGCAUUGAAUCCAUUCAGUCCUACUACACUUUUACACCACAAACCAAUGACGAUGGAGAGUCAAUAACAUGUCGAGCCACACUCAGUCUUGAUGGCUUGCCACCAGAGGAGAGAACCAGAGAGAUCACCGUGUCCAUGGCUGUCCUUUCUUUUCCAAAAGUUCCAGUCAUCUCUGGACAUGACAGCUUGGUGUUAGGGAAGGAAAACAGCCUGACCUGUGAGGUUUCAGAUGUUUAUCCAGCAGAACAUAUGACAGUGGAAUGGCUGAGGGGAGGAAAAGUGGUCCACACACAGGAAGGAGAAUAUGGCAUUGAAUCCAUUCAGUCCUACUACACUUUUACACCACAAACCAACGACGAUGGAGAGUCAAUAACGUGUCGAGCCACACUCAGUCUUGAUGGCUUGCCAACAGAGGAGAGAACUAGAGAGACCACCGUGACCAUUGCUGUCCUUUCACCCCCAAGGAACACCACCAUGAAAAACACAAAAGAUGAUGGAAAUGUGUAUACAGCCCUGUUACGAAGACUCAAUUCCAUUGACGUUAUAAUUCCAGUCAUUGGUAUGGGAGUUCUGGCUUCAGUAGCCAGCUCACUGAACUGUGUAAGGAAAGCAGCAAGGAAGGGCUUGUCUUGUCUGAACAAGGGCACACCAGAAACUGUGUAAACUGCAUGGACAUAAACAGAAUUUACAUAAACUGAAUCAUUCAGUCUCCUACACUGUAUCAUACACCACUGAACUGACACAGAGUCUACUGAACCUAAACAGAAUCUAUUAAACUGAAAUAGAGUCCAUUCAACUAGAUCAGUUGCUCCAGUAAACUGAAUAGAACUGAAUCUCACAUUGCUGAAAUGAAUCACACUCCAGUAAACAGAUUCUGCUUAACUGAAACAGAGUUUGCUGAGCUGAAUUAGACCCUGGUGAACUGAAUCACACUCUGCUGAUCUGAAUCACACGCCACUAAAUAGAUUCUGUUAAACUGAAAGGUAUGGUCUGCAAAGGGCUUACGUAGCAUGUCUGAGAUCUCACUGUUGAAAGGUAUCGAUCAGGAGAGGGAUACAAAAGAAUUUCCAAAACAUUAGAUGUACCAUGGAACACCAUGAAGACCAUCAUCAACAAGUGGAGAAAAUGGGGCACCACAGUGACAUUACCAAGAACAGGACGUCCCUCCAAAGUAGACAAAAUUAAAAGAUGAGAACUUAUUAGGGAAGCUGCCAAGAGACCUAUGGCAACAUUAAAGUAGCUGCAGGAAUGUCUGGCAAGUACUGUUCACUCCCUGCAUGUGUCAGCAAUCUCUUGUAUUCUUCGCAUGUCUGUAGUAUGGGGUAGGGUGGCUAGACGAAAGUCCUUUCUCAUAAAAAAACAUCCAAGCCCACCUAAAUCACCCCACACCAUGUGGCAAAAUGUGUUAUUGUCAGCUGGGACCAAGGUACAACCUUUUGGCAUAAUUCAUAAAGACAUGCAAAAACAAGGCAGCUCAUCACCCAAAGAACACCAUAUCAAAAGUGAAGCAUGGUGGUGGCAGCAUCAUGCAUCAUCGGGCUGCUUCUCUUCAGCUCGGACUGGGACUGUAGUCCAGAUAAAGGGUUAUAGGCCUCUUUUAGACAGCUGAAGAUUUCACCUUCUAGCACAAUAGCAAUCCAAAGCACAAAUCCAAGUCAACAAAGGAAUGGCUUCAGAAAAAGAAGAUCAACAUUUUGUAAUGGCUCAGUCAGAGCCCAGAUCUAAAUCUUAUGAAAACACAACCCGUGGAAUGACAUGAAAUGGACUGUACACAGGAGAUCCCUUCACAAUUUGAUAGAUCUGGAACAUUUUUGCAAGGAAAAGCACAUCUUGGAGUCUUCCAAUGUACAUAUUCUAAAUUGGAAGACUUUUACCCCGAAAGACUGAUUGCUGUAUUAAUAGAAAAUGUUCUUUAACAAAGUAUUAGUUAAGGCAUGUACACACUUAUGCAACCAGGUUAUUGAAUGCUUUUUCCUUUUACAUUAUUCCACUACACUUUUCCUUCCUUUUACACUAAGACAUUUCUAUUUUUUUUACUUGAAUUUUGUUGUUUGGUAUAUUACAAUAAAGGUGGAAGAUGAUGACAUGA